UCAGAAUUUAUGUGAAGCUCAAGCUCCCCACUCUAUGUACCGCCAUUAUCCGCGGCUUAGACAUCACGUCAUAGCUCGUCUCGGUCGUCCGAGAGCUCCAAACAUUUCUUCGGCCACAAACACUCCGACACCAAUGGCUUCGAAACUCCUUUCGCCUGCGCCAGGCAUUGCGCGGACAUGCGCUCGAACCGCGUCUCGCCUCGCCGCACCGCGUGCAAUUGCUCCGCUCGCACAGCGCCGCUGCAUCUCCGCAUACGGCUACGAGCAGGCCAAAGCCCUCACAUUCACUGAGUACGGCGAGCCGCCGUCCGUCCUCUCCCUUCAUGGACACUCGAUCUCGCCGCCGCACGGCGACAAGAUGACGAUCCGCUUCCUCGCCUCUCCCAUCAACCCGGCCGACAUCAACCAGAUUCAGGGCGUGUACCCGUCGAAACCGACCUUUACCACCGACCUCGGCACGCCCAACCCCAUUGCAGUAGCUGGAAAUGAGGGCGUUGCUGAAGUGAUCGCGCUCGGCGACAAGGCGAAAGAUGCAGGAUACAAAAAGGGCGACUGGGUCUUCAUGAAGGGCCCCGGCUUCGGCACAUGGCGCACCCACGCCUCCGCAACCACCUCACAAGUCGUCAAACUCGACGACGCCACGCGCGAGGGCAUCACCGCCCUCCAAGCCGGCACUGUCAGCAUCAACCCCUGCACCGCAUACCGCAUGCUCACCGACUUCACCACCCUGAAGCCCGGCGACUGGUUCAUCCAAAACGGCGCCAACUCAGGCGUCGGCCGCGCCGCCAUCCAGCUCGGCGCCGCCUGGGGCCUGAAGAGCAUAAACAUCAUCCGCGCGCGCGACGACGCCCCCGCGGAGCAGAAACUCAAAGACGAUCUCACCGCCCUCGGCGCAGACAUCGUCAUCACCGACGCCGAGCUGCAGGCGCAGGGCAUCCGCGACCGCGCCAAGGAGUGGACGGCCGGCGGCCGCGAAAAGAUCAAUCUGGCGCUCAACUGCGUCAACGGCAAGGCGGCCACCGCCAUGGCGAAACUGCUCUCGUCGUCCUCGCACUUCGUCACCUAUGGCGCCAUGUCCAAGCAGCCGCUCACGGUCCCCGCGUCCAUGCUCAUCUUCAAAGACAUCCAUUUCCACGGCUUCUGGGUCAGUCGCUGGGCCGAGCAGCAUCCGGAGGAGAAGCUCAAGACGGUCAACGAUGUGCUGGAUAUGACCAAGAAGGGCUCGUUCAAGGACACGCCGUUUGACCAGAUUCCGUGGGCGUACGAUACCAAGGGCGAGGAUCUGAUUGCCAAGGUCAAGGACACGCUGGGCGGGUAUCGGGAGGGCAAGGGCGUGUUUGUGUUUGGCGAGACGUGAGUGUCUGGUCUGAUCUAGAUGUAUAGAUAGAUGUAUAUAUUGCGGGAUUGCGCACAACGUGCCUUCAGCAAUGGCCCUGCCCGAUGCAAAAAGUCUCAAUAGAUAUGGUUGCGUUUAGAUAUUACUUCACAUACGACCAUAGGACGUUGAAAACAAGGCUUCCCGUUCGCUCAGCCCU